AUGUUCUCCAACUGGGAAUACCAGGGUGAUGGUUGGGAUGGGUGCCCCUCAGAGUGCCCCUUCCAGGGUAACUUCAUCUGCACAUCCCCCCUGGAGAACCAGCCACCCUUGCUGCUGGAGGAGAACAUCGGUACUUUUGUGAAGAACGAGCUGAAGAAGAUCCAGAAGUUUCUGAAGAUCACACUGCACUUCCUGAGGAGAAUGAAGCAGGAGGAGCUGGCUGACCGUCUGCAGCGCAUGUGUAAACGUAAACUCAAGACUAACCUAAACAAGAAGUUCCAGUGUGUGUUUGAGGGGAUUGCUAAAGCAGGAAACCCAACCCUUCUGAAUCAGAUGUUCACAGAGAUCUACAUCAUGGAGGGAGGGACUGCAGAGGUCAAUGAUGAACAUGAGGUCAGACAGAUUGAAACAGCUUCCAGGAAACCAAACAGACCAGAAACAACAAUCAGACGAGAAGACAUCUUUAAAGCCCCACCUGGAAGAGAUGAACCAAUCAGAACAGUGAUGACUAAGGGAGUGGCUGGCAUCGGGAAAACAGUCUUAACACAGAAGUUCACUCUGGACUGGGCUGAAGGCAAAGCCAACCAGGACAUCCAGUUCAUAUUUCCUUUCACUUUCAGAGAGCUGAAUGUGCUGAAAGAUAAAAAGUACAGCUUGGUGGAACUUGUUGAUUACUUCUUCAGUGAAACCAAAGAAGCAGGAAUCUGCAGGUUUGAAGAGUUCCAGGUUGUGUUCAUCUUUGACGGUCUGGAUGAGUGUCGACUUCCUCUGGACUUCCUCAACACUGAGAUCCUGACUGAUGUUACAGAGUCCACCUCAGUGGGUGUGCUGCUGACAAACCUCAUCAGGGGGAAACUGCUUCCCUCUGCUCGCCUCUGGAUAACCACACGGCCUGCAGCAGCCAAUCAGAUCCCUGCUGAGUGUGUUGACAUGGUGACAGAGGUCAGAGGGUUCACUGACCCACAGAAGGAGGAAUACUUCAGUAAGAGAUACAGAGACAAGAAGCAGGCUAGCAGAAUCAUCUCCCACAUCAAGACAUCACGAAGCCUCCACAUCAUGUGCCACAUCCCAGUCUUCUGCUGGAUCACUGCUACAGUUCUGGAGGACGUGUUGAAGACCAGAGAGGGAGGAGAGCUGCCCAAGACCCUGACUGAGAUGUACAUCCACUUCCUGGUGGUUCAGUCCAAACUGAAGAACAUCAAAUAUGGUGGAGGAGCUGGGACCGAUUCAAACUGGAAUGAAGAGACAAAGAAGAUGAUUGAGUCUCUGGGAAAACUGGCUUUUGAGCAGCUGCAGAAAGGCAACUUGAUCUUCUAUGAAUCAGACCUGACAAAGUGUGGCAUCGAUAUCAGAUCAGCCUCAGUGUACUCAGGAGUGUUCACACAGAUCUUUAAAGAGGAGAGAGGACUGUACCAGGACAAGGUGUUCUGCUUCGUCCAUCUGAGUGUUCAGGAGUUUCUGGCUGCUCUUCAUGUCCAUCUGACAUUCAUCAACUCUGGAGUCAACCUGCUGUCAGAAGAACAAACAACCUCCCGGCUGCCUAAAGUCUUCAGAGUCAAACCUAAAGUAAAACAUCUCCUUCAGAGUGCUGUGGACAAGGCCUUACAGAGUCCAAAUGGACACCUGGACUUGUUCCUCCGCUUCCUCCUGGGUCUUUCACUAGAGACCAAUCAGACUCUCCUACGAGGUCUGAUGACACAGACAGGAAGUAGCUCAGAGACCAAUCAGAAAACAGUCAAGUACAUCAAGACGAAGAUCAGUGAGGAUCUGUCUGCAGAGAGAAGCAUCAAUCUGUUCCACUGUCUGAAUGAACUGAAUGAUCGUUCUCUAGUGGAGGAGAUCCAACAGUACCUGAGUUCAGGAAGUCUCUCCACAGAUAAACUGUCUCCUGCUCAGUGGUCAGCUCUGGUCUUCAUCUUACUGUCAUCAGGAAAAGAUCUGGACGUGUUUGACCUGAAGAAAUACUCUGCUUCAGAGAAGACUCUUCUGAGGCUGCUGCCAGUGGUCAAAGCCUCCAACAAAGCUCUGUAA